GGUGUUUAAGUACAAAUCGAUUAUUUGCGGUAUUUUUCCUCUAAGUGUAAAUCCUAAUGAUUUACAACUUUAGUUUACAUCUUUGAUGGAAAACUAUUACUAAUUCAACGAAUAAACAGCUAACUGUAUUUAAACUUUGUUAGCCUCCAUACUUAGAAAUAAGUAGUUGUUUAACAUUCGUCAUAUAGAAGCCUUAAAGAGCACUUCUUGUUGUGCAUACAUGCUUAAGGUAAUAUAUAAAUAAAGGAAGACAAAUCUUCUCCUUUUAUAAAACUAAUAAUUCUUUGUGUUUUAUUCUUUUUGUGCAUUUACACUGAACCAAAUCGGAUUGACGCCGAAACAUUGGUCGCUUCGAACCGGAUUAAUUAAAUUGUUGCUUCGAAUCGAGGAUAAUCUACACAUCUUGAUCUUAAUCUAGCGGAUAAAACACGAAGAAGUUCAUCCUCCAGCAUAUGAAAGGAAGACCCCUUGCCAAGGAAUUUUAAGUGCCCUUUUGUUUGGAGAGUUUUUAAGAUAGCUUUUUUUAAAAGCCAAUCGAAUAACUUUAAAACGUCGUCGUUUGUUGAUAGACUGACAUCAAUCAUAUUCUUUACAUACAAUUGUAUAUUUAUCAAAUAAAAAGUACGUCUCGACGAACACGUAUAAAAGCUUAUGUAGAGAAUGAAUUACGACCAGUUAAGAAUUUAAACUUUUCAAAAAAACACACGCAAGUAAGCGCUACAUUCACCGACAAGUGAAUUGAUUAAAGAAAAUCACUAUUUUCGGAUAUAAACUAUUUGUUAGAAAUUGUGUGUAAAGAAGUAUUUGAAAUGUUAACCUUACCCCUCGUAAUGAUUAUAAUAAUUUUGUCCUAUGUUGUGGGACUAUACAUUCGGAUGCUGUACAAUUUUGGAAGGAAAGUGCGCAUUGUGGAUAGUAGUAAGGAAAAUAAAGUUAUUAUACGAGAAUACAAACAAGCACCUGGUCCGGUUCCUUGGCCUAUAAUUGGGAACUUGACAUUGUUGGCACGGUUUAGAGUGCCCUUUGAAGGUUUUACAGAGCUGUCAAAAGAACUUGGCGAUAUUUAUACCCUAACACUUGGAUCGACACGGUGUUUAGUGGUCAAUAAUUUGGAACUUAUACGUGAAGUACUCAAUCAAAAUGGAAAAUUUUUCGGAGGUCGGCCAGAUUUUUUCCGUUACCAUAAAUUGUUUGGAGGAGAUCGCAACAACUCUCUAGCAUUGUGUGAUUGGUCGUCGCUUCAACAAAAACGUCGUAAUCUAGCACGUCGUCAUUGUUCGCCCAGAAAUUCAUCAUCAUAUUUUUUAAAAAUGUCCAAUGUGGGUUCAUUUGAAGCUAGUGAACUAAUGGAAAAAAUGCAUGAAAAAGUUCCUCCUGGCGAGGAGUUCGAAAUUAAACCACUAAUUCAACAGACUUGUGCUAAUAUGUUCACGCAAUAUAUGUGCUCUAUGCGCUUUGACUACGAUGAUACAGAUUUUCAAAUGAUUGUCAAAUAUUUUGAUGAAAUAUUUUGGGAAAUUAACCAAGGAUACGCUUUGGAUUUUUUGCCCUGGCUGUCACCGUUUUACAAGAAGCACACAAACACUAUAGUUGGCUGGUCUAAUAGUAUUCGAAAGUUUAUACUGGAACGCAUAAUUAAUGAGCGUGAACAAAAUUUAGAUUUAGACGAACCAGAGACAGAUUUUACAGAUGCUCUUUUAAAAAGUCUGAUUGAAGACAAGAAUGUUUCACGAGACACUAUUAUUUACAUGCUGGAAGAUUUCAUUGGUGGCCAUUCGGCAGUCGGAAAUCUAGUUAUGAUGGCAUUGGCCUAUAUUGCCAAAAAUCCAUUAAUUGGAAAGCAAAUACAAAUGGAAGUUGAUGGUGUAUCUAACAACGGCCAGAGAAAAAUUAACCUAUAUGACAUGGAAAACAUGCCGUACACAAUGGCUACAAUUUUUGAAGUUUUACGUUAUUCUUCAUCUCCUAUUGUACCUCAUGUGGCAACAGAAGAUACGGUAAUUGCAGGAUUCGGAGUUACUGAGGGUACAGUUGUAUUCAUAAAUAACUAUAAAUUGAAUACGAGUUCUCAAUACUGGAAAAAUCCUGAACUAUUCCAACCUCACCGAUUUCUGGAAACAUUAGAUGAUGGAGAAUUUGCAAACACCCAAGCUUCAACAAAAAGUUCAAAAAAUACCACUGAUAAUACAAAACGACGCAACUCAGAAGGUUCCGACUCUGGUAUAGAAUAUGACAAAGAAGCCUUAACUAUCAGCUCAUCGGUAUCAGAGAGUUCCGUAUUAAAUUCAUCCACGAAAUUUCAAAAUGUAGCAAAGGCUAAGCAUUGGCGUAGUGAGAAGGUGCAAAUUAAAAAAAAUAUACCACACUUUCUUCCUUUUAGUAUAGGAAAACGGACUUGUAUAGGACAAAAUCUUGUGCGUGGUUUCGGCUUUAUAUUGCUGGCAAACAUUAUACAGCAAUACGAUGUUACUUCCAAAAACUUGUCAAGCAUUAUAACAGUUCCAGCAUGUGUUGCCUUACCAACUAAGACUUUUCCUUUAGUAUUUAUCCCUCGCAAAAAUCACAAAAAUAAUUAGAAAAAAAAAAUUUGCUAGUUAGGAAGAUAUAACAGGUUUUAUUUAAUUUAUUUGGUCUUUGAUAGUGGUCUGGACAUUUUUUCAUUUUAUCAUAUCUAUUUAUUAUUUCAUAUUAUAUAGUCAGAACGAUUUCAUUCACUCAUUAAAUAUAAUUUAACAGUAUAUACUCUUAUAGUCUAUGAAGCCUUUGGAUUUCUGUAAGACAGAAUUUUGGUUUAUGUAUGUGUAGGGCUACGAUAUUUUAUUUAUAUAAGCUAUUAUUAACUUAGAAUUUUCUUUUCUCAUGGCAAAUAUUUUUUUCAAUAAAAACCGUUAAUCUCUACUUUUAGAUCGCAAUCUGUCGGUUUUCACAUAUAAGACUGAAAAUGUAUCCAUGUAAUUUAUACUUAUUUUAUAAACUGUUAUGUAUACAAAUUUAAAAAU